AUGAGUGGCAUGCCCCCGCCCGACGUCCCGAGGACGAACGCGGGUUCUGUCCCCACGUCCACCGCAGGCAAACAGUCGCCCCUCUCCAGGUCUCCCAGCACCCGCUCGCCCGGCACACGCUCUCCUGGCUCCCGCUCCCCACUCUCCAGGUCGCCCCUCCUCAAGCCGCUCACUGCCAAGAACCCUGUCACUCAGCAGUCCACGUCGGCCAUACCGGUUCCUGAUGCGGCUUCGGUGAUGCCAGUGCCCGGUUCUGAGGGCCACGACCUGCUGGCAGAGGCGAUCAGCAAGAUUGACGAGCUGCGCCUGAGCCACCCGCCCACGCCAGCCACUACGCCGCCCGAGAGCGCGAGCGCUUCCAAUCCCGCCUCUAGACGUGCGUCGCAGGUCGGUGCCCUGCAAGCCGGUGCGUCCGACAAGCGUUUCCACUCGCCGCCUGCCACACCACAUUUUGGCGCGCAAUCCGACCUCCUCAGACAGCUCGAUAACAGCACCAAGGUUAUUCGCCAGAGCCGCGACUCGAGUGACGGGCUCAAGCGCGCACCCUCGGUGUCCGGUAUCGGCGGUGUUGUCGAGAAGCCUGACUACUCCGAGGCUAAGAUUGUCGUCGCCAUGGUCGGUCUCCCUGCGCGCGGCAAGUCAUACCUCUCCAACAAGAUGAUGCGGUACCUCCGCUGGCUCGAGUACAAUGUUGAGGUGUUCAAUGUAGGGCAGCUCCGGCGGUCCAAGGCGCGUGAGACGGCCAAACUAGGCGGCGACAAGGCCGACCACUCUGCGACAUUUUUCUCGGACAGCAACGCGGACGCCAAGGCCACGCGUGAGCAGCUAGCUGAGGAGGCGCUUGAGAGCCUGAUCGAGUGGCUCAAGAAGGAGGGCAAUGUCGGCAUCAUGGACGCAACCAACAGCACUCACGAGCGCAGAGCGUGGAUCCGUGACCGUGUCGCACGCGAGCCUGGCCUGCAACUCAUGUUCCUCGAGUCGGUGUGCGACGACCCGGACGUGAUUGCGACUAACAUUGCGCUCAAAGCGUCCUCGGGUGACCCGGACUAUGCGGGCAUGUCUCGCGAAGAGGCCAUCGCCGACUUCCGCAAGCGCAUCGAGGCGUACGAGCGCGUCUACGAGACCGUGUCUGAGCCUGACAUGUCGUACUGCCGCAUUCUGAACGUCGGCAGCCGCGUCACGAUCAACCGGAUCGAUGGCUAUCUUCAAUCGCGCAUGGCGUUCUACCUCAUGAACCUGCACCUCAAGCCGCGCAGCAUCUACUUGUCGCGGCACGGCGAGUCGAUGUACAACGUACAGGGCAAAAUUGGCGGCGACGCCGAGCUGUCCCCUCGUGGAAGGCAGUACAUGGAGGCACUGCCGAGCCUCGUGAAGGAGCACAUUGGCGACGUCGACUACGAUGUGUGGACGUCGACACUAACGCGGACGAUCCAGACGGCUUCGCACCUCCCGCGCGAGAAGAAGCAGUGGAAGGCGCUUGACGAGCUUGACGCUGGCGUCUGUGACGGCAUGACGUACGAGGAGAUUGAGGAAAAGUACCCAGAGGAUUACGAGGCCCGCGACGACGACAAGUUCAACUACCGUUACCGUGGUGGUGAGUCGUACCGCGACGUGGUCGUCCGUCUAGAGCCGGUUAUCAUGGAGCUCGAGCGCGCCGACAAUGUCCUCAUCAUUGGUCACCAGGCGAUCAUCCGCUGCCUGUACGCCUACUUUAUGGGCUUGAGCCAGGAGCAGCUGCCGUACAUCAAUGUGCCGCUGCAUACUCUGAUCCGCAUCUCGCCUCGUGCGUACGGAUGUCUCGAGGAGCGCUUCCCCGUCCCCAUUGCGAGUGUCGACACACACCGGCCCAAGCCGAGCAAGAAGGGCAAGGAGAUGGAUGUGCAGCCGGUCGACUCGACCAAGCGCGACUACUUUGGUAGCAACACGCAGUCGUCGGAAUCUGCCACGUCGACCAAGGCUGCGUAG